AUGGAUCUUGGAGGAUUGGUCCAGCUUCUUCAAGUGUCGGCUGAUGAGUCUAGGGGAAUCAAUUCUAAACAAGCAGAAGAACAACUAAAGCAGCUUGAACAAGUUCCAGGUUUUCAUUACAACCUGCAAACUAUUUACCUUAACACCAACUAUCCGCUCCAGGUAAGGUGGUUGGCGAUCAUUUGUUUCAAAAAUGGAGUAGAUCAAUACUGGAGACCUACACGCAAGUUUGCCAUUUCAAAACAAGAGAAAGACUCUAUCAAAUCCCGGCUUUUUGAGCUGCUAGAGGUGAAUGGCAACCAAUUGACUAUCCAGAAUGCUCAAGCAAUAAGCCGAAUUGUGCGAUAUGACUUUCCUCACGAGUGGCCCAAUCUUUUUGAACAGUUGGAAGGUCUGUUGAAUAGUACAAAUUACGUCUACUUACACAACAUUCUUGUCAUUCUCAACCAAAUCAUCAAAACAGUGGGUUCUAUAAAAGUUGGAAGAGCUAGAGCCACAAUGCAGGCGAAGGUCCCAAUUCUUACACCGCACCUAAUUAAGCUCUAUGAACAGUUUUUUCAAUCAUGGUCAAGAGAUUUCAACUUGGCUUCGGUAGAAGUUGGCUAUUUAAGCUUAAAAUGUAUUAGAAGAAUCAUUGAUGUUGUAUCGGAAUUUCAUGAUAGGGACGAUGACGUCAAACACUUUUUUAACUUAUCUUUAAGACAUUUGCGGCUGCUGUUGAACGAAAGAGAUCGUCAGGAAAUUAGUAUUGUGGAGCGCUACAUCAAAUGCUAUACCAAGAUUUAUCUCAGUGUUUUGAAUAACAAUCCUACGUCGUUCAUCCUGUUAGACGGCGCCUCCGAUAUUUUAAUCACGAUGCUUUCAAUUCUGGAGAAUAAAGCUGACUUGAUCUACAAUUCUCGAGAAGACUCUGAUGAGACCAGUUUUUGGGAGCAGUUGGCUAUCAACUCCCUGUUAAUGCUUAAGAAAUUAGUGAAUUUUGUUUAUCGCAAAGGUGCGUUGACAUUGAAGAAACAGCACGAUAAAGCUGAAGUUGAAAAAGCCAUUCGAGUUUUAACCACAAAGUUUUUUACCGAAAGUCUAGUAGCCAACCUAAUUGACCUAAUCAUUAAGAAUUAUCUUAGACUAAGACCAGAAGAUUUAGAACUGUGGUCGGAGGACCCUGAACAGUGGGCUAAUGAUGAAUUAACCAAUAGUUGGGAAUACCAAAUACGUCCCUGUGCCGAAAACUUUUUCAGAGAUUUGGUGACCCAUUUUCAGGAAACCAGAAAUUUUGUGUUGGUUAGAAUCAAUGAGUUUGAUCCUUCUCCUAAUUCUAAUCUUAGUGAAGUUCUUACCAAGGAUGCCUUACUUUCUGCAUUUCAACUGUCGUCCGCUUCGCUUGCGAAUGAUGUCAACUUUGACAAUUUGCUGACCUCGGUCUUCAUUCCCUUAGUUGAACAAAACCAACCUAUAUUGGUGAGAAGGAUACUCCUCAUCAUUUCCGAGUGGAUAUCCAUCAAUUGUUCUAAACAGAGUCGACAACUAGUUUAUAAACUUUUACUUUCUCUUUUGCAAUCGUCUCAGGAUAGAAUUGUGAGAAUAACAGCGGUUCAAACACUCCGCUACGCCAUUGACGAUUAUGACUUUGAUAGGACAGACUUUCAACCAUAUGCAGAACAUGUCAUAGCUCACUUGAUAGGGCUAGUCAGUGAAAUGACAUUAACAGAAUCGAAAUUGAAUGUCAUGAAUGUGCUGUCAAUUCUUUUGGAGCAAUGCAAUUCCAUUAUUCCUCGUGACUCCUUGUUUGAUGUUCUGUCACUGGUAACAAAAGUAUGGGGUAACAGUGAAACUAUACUGAAAGCUGCAUUUUUGAGACUUCUCAAAAACGUCUGCGCAUGUCUCAAAUCCGAUGUAACGGAGACAUACUCAAUCACUCUACCUCUAAUCGAAACAUGUUGCAGCGAGUCCUCUGAAAAGUACACUGUAUUGUCUGAGGAUGGGUAUGAGCUUUGGUUGGAAGUUCUAAGGAGUAUUCCUGAACCGAUCCCCAGCAGAUUGGUGGAUACCUUUUCAUUGAUUGUUCCUGCAUUGUUGAAUUCCACCGAGAUUCUUCCUACGAUCCUUUCAAUCAUUAGAAGCUACAUACUUUUGGACCCUACUUUGUUUGAACAUGAUACCGGACUACAGAUUUUCAAAAUAAUGGGGCAAUAUUUGCCGAACAUGAGAGAUGAUGCGCUGAAUAUUUUCAUGUCAAUCUUGGAUAUUUUCUUUCUACAGUUGCAAAGGACUCAUAAUCAACUAGAGAGUUCAUUACUGACGACACAAUUCAUGGAAAGUGGAUUGCUUGAAAGUUUGCUCACCUUUGCAUUAAACACUGAUGAAGCUGUUAUCACUUCCAACAAAGUCUUGAUCCCACUGUCAAGAUUUCUUUACAUAGGUCCACAUUUGCUGAAGGAAAUGAUUAACCACAUAUCGCGUCAUCAAAACACCCAAAUAUUUGACCAGCUUUACUCUCUCAUGUUGAAGAGAAUAGAUUAUCUGGGAGAUCCCAGAAACAGAAAGUCGUUCCUUUUGGCUCUUCUCUCGCCAUAUCUAACCAUUGAAAUGGACUCAGAUUUUGAAUUUUUGAUUAGUAAUUUUGCACCAUUAAUGGCGGAGGUUACCAAACAGUUUGAAGAAAUCAAUGAAACACCUUCAGGAGAUUGUCAGGUUUAUCAUAGGAGCUAUUCGUAUGAAGGUUUGGAAUUUUUACCUCAGGAUAGGAAUGAAUUACUCCGAGUCAACAAACUGUUGGAACUUGACCCUAUACAUUGUCUGCCGUUGAAGGAACAAGUUUCAAAGGUUCUAAAUCAUUUGAAACAAGUUUUAGGUGACCGGUUUGAUGAAGUUGUUAAAACUCUGGACCCUUCCUCUCUGGAUCAACUGAAAAGGUUAUAG